AUGCUUUCUCCUCCCCGCUCCCAUCAUACACCAAAAACAGUGGAUACUCUGUUUUCUUCAGCCUCCCUGCAUCUGCAGAGGCAAAAGACCCGCAUUGACAACUUUUUCAGGGACCAGAACCCAGAUACCCAGCCAGAGCAAGAUUUUUCCAUUGCAGAUAUAAUUAGGUUUGCCGCAGAAAAGUUCAUAGAUUCUACUACGGAACCCACCGACCCACCAUCCGGAAACUCCGACGACGACGACGACGACGACGAUGAGGUGGCCAACGACGUCAAACUCAUACACCAACUUCUGCGUGCAGCCAAUGAAUUGGAUCACAAGCAGUACGAGCAAGCGACCCACUUCCUAAACCUCUGUGAUUUCUCGUCAUCCAAGACAGGGAAUCUCGCCCAGCGAAUCACCCACUACUUCGUCCAUGCUCUUCGCGAAAAGCUCCGUAAAGAAACCGGCAGCGGAACCCACCCGAUAGCCGAUCUCAUGAACCGUUUCCAACGAUUGAACGUCGAGGAAACAAUUACUGCUAUAUCCCCUAUAGUCGCGGUCUUGUACGAGAAAAUCCCCUUCUUCCAAGUCGGGCAGCUAGCCGGAGUUCAAGCAAUCGUGGAAAGCGUAGAGAAAGCGAAAAGGAUUCACAUAAUCGACCUCAGAAUCAGAAACGGGAUGCAAUGGACGGCCCUGAUGCAGGCUUUAUCCACCGCCUCCAAAGGAAAACGACGCCGUCGUCGUGCACCGGAGAUUCUGAAAAUCACAGCCAUCGUCACCAUCUCGGAAAAUUUGGUCCGGGGAACAGGGGAAAGGCUGGCAAAGUUCGCCGAGUCGAUGGAGAUACCCUUCGAAUUUAACACCAUAGUGGUAUCAAGCUUCACCGAACUCGACGAGGCGCAAUUCGACCUCGAUCCCAGAGAAACCGUGGCUGUUUUCGGCGAGUACGCAUUGCAGGGUCUGGUUUCGGAUCCGAAUGAAUUGGAGGCACUGAUGGAAGUUCUGAAGAAAAUCAGUCCUAGCAUAAUGGUGGUGCUUGAAUCAGAGGUGAACCUCAAUUCCUCCAACUUCGCUCGCCGGUUCGUCGAAAUGCUGUUCCACUAUGGGGCAUACUUCGACUGUCUCGAUGCUUGCUUGGAUUCAUCGACUGGGGAGCGGGGCUUGAUUGAGUCGAUGUUCUUGAACAAGAUUACGGAGCUUUUGGUGAAGGAAGGGGAAGAAAUGCCGAGGGUGGUGACGGUUGAUGUGUGGAGGAAGUUCUUUGGGCAGUUCUCGGUGUGGGAAGUGGGGUUGAGCUCGUCGGCGAUGGAGACUGUGAAUCUGUUGCUGGGGAGGUUUGUGAAGGGCAAGUGGUGUACGUUGGAUAUGGAUGGGAGGUGUUUGAUUGUUGGAUGGAAAGGGACUCCCAUUUUCUCGCUUUCUACUUGGAAGUUCCUCCAUUGA